AUGGCCUCCAACGCACCUGCCGCCUGUUGCUUAACUGGCUUCAAGCAUGAAGGAACUCCACAGGGGAGACUAUCUCUAUCAACAACAGUAAACAGCCCUUCAGUUCACAAUAAACAACUCCCCUUCCCCCGGGUUGUAUUAAUCACUACAUAUGUUGCGCGCCCAAAGAACAAUGACAAAUCGGAAAAGGCAGUCCUGCUGCUUGGUGAUGUAUUUGGUAUUUUCAAUAACAGCAAGCUGCUAGCGGAUGACUAUGCCGCCAACGGAUACCUCACAUUGCUGCCCGACGUCUUCUCCGGCGACCAAAUGGAUAUUGGAGACUUUGAAGCUGGCAAGAUCGACAUUCCUGGCUGGCUCUCGAGACAUGGCACCGAUGUGGUGGACUCCAUUGUGGAAUCGGUAGUGAAGCAUAUGAGAGAAGAACUAGGUGUGAAGAAGAUCGCAGCUGCUGGGUACUGCUUCGGUGGCAAGUAUGUGACUCGCUUCCUUAAGGAAGGCAAGAUCGAUGUUGGCUAUAGCGCCCAUCCAUCCUUCGUAUCUGACGAGGAGCUUGGUGCCAUCAAGAAGCCUUUCUCCAUCUCUGCUGCAGAGACCGACGGCAUCUUUACCCGUGAACUUCGUCGCAAGUCUGAAGAUAUUCUCAGCACAACUGGCCAGCACUACCAAUUGAAUCUUUUCAGUGGCGUCGAACACGGCUUUGCGAUCCGUGCUGACUUGAGCAAGCCCCAGAACAAGUAUGCCAAAGAACAGGCGUAUGUGCAAGCUCUUGCACGGUUCGAUCAUAACCUUUAA